CCACUGAAAUGUCUUCGGCGUGCCAAAAAUCGGUCACGUAACAGUUUAUGGCGUUGGCAAUGGCAGACGACAUUCACAAACAAAAUGAAUGGCGUUAAUUUUCUGUAUCUGGUAGCCGUCUUCCUGUUACCGCCUGCUUCAUCAGUUCAGAGAUGUGAUAGGGGUCGGUCCCGACUUGUACGAAAAGUUGUGCAUGAGAAGUUACUGCCAGCAUUUAGCAACCUGAACACAGAGCCAUCCCCAGAAUGCCCGUUCUCCACAACACGAGAUAAAUUUCGAGUGCAAGAGUCUCACAAAUCUAUCAAGGAUGGUGUCCGAUGGGUUUGCCAUUUCUGUGGAAAGGCAUUCAUUUCAGAAUAUUUCCUUGACAAGCAUUUUGACAAUCGACAUCCUGAUAGAGUAGAGAAUAAGGAUUCUGUGUGCCUGGAAGAUGUGUGUGAAGUAUUCCGCUGUGAUGUGAUAAGUGGUGCAAUGACACCUGACUACUGGGAUAUUGCUUUGUGUAUUGAAGAUGAUAUGAAUCGAAUCUACCGAAAAUGCACGGAGGUGGUGAAGAUGUGCGUGCCAUCUGGCUUAUCUAAAAACAAAACAGAGUGGUUGACAAAUAUCACAACACAAGAGUUGUGCUCAUACCUGACUUGUUCAAAGUACUGGGAGAUUCCAUUUGAUUCAGAAAAUUCUAGAGGAAUGACAGGCCUAUACAUUGUGAUGACAAUUAUGACCAUUCUCAGCAUGAUUGUCUAUUACUUCAUCUUCUACAGUUAUUUUUACACAGACACUUUCUCCGACUCUGUAACAUAUGACCCAACACCCAGAAGUAGACAUCCUAUAACGCCAUACUCACCGGAUGUAAGACAUAGGGUGGGAGGAGUAGACAGUGCUAAUGAAUGAAUGUAUGCAAGCAUUUUAAAAAUGUUGAAGGAUGACUGUGGUGGUCAAUGGCUAACAUGUUUGAGAAUGAUUGGUGAUGUGUGUCUGCAAAAUAUUUUGUUCAUUUCUGCAUAAAGAGUUUCAGUGAAUUUUUUUAAUGUUUCUGAUUGAUCAUACACAGUUCUUCUGGAGAAUCAGACUCUGAUUUCCUUUUUUCUGCUGAGAUACUAUGCUCAUUGUCUAGAUGUCUUAUGUUCUCAUAUUUUACUAUAUUGAAAAUGUACAUUGCGUUUUUUAAUGUUUAUCAUUAUAUCUGUAUAUGUGGAGUGUAGAACUCCAUUUUGAGGUGUAUUAAACUAAAAAUUCUAUACAUCUGAGUUGGCAUCUUAAGUGGACAAUGUACUCUCCUGAAAGUUAAUAGGGCUUUAUAUUCGUGGACACAAUCCUUACCCAUGCAUAAUUUUUGUGCCCUAUUUGUCUAAACAAAAUUGAGAUGGGGAAUCAUUUACUCAGCCAGGACCAGGUGAAUCAGCUACAUGUAGAUACAACUAAAACCCUUUAUAUCAGGAUAGGACAACAGGUAUUGUUUUUACAGUUGGUAAUUUAGUGUAACUUUUGGAAAAUAUAUGCAAGAAGUCAG